UUAUGUAUUUUUUUUUAGCUCCUUAGUGCAAAUAUGGAAAUUAAAUCCUAAAAUAACACUAUAAUCUCGAGGAUGGCCCCUCCCCCCAAAGUUCUUGAAUUAAAGAAAUGGCCAAGUUUAGCUCAAACUACAAACCCCAAGGUGCAAGAGACCUUUCAAUUCUUCAACAUUUGAGAUCCAAGCAAACUAAGGCCUUCCUUUUGUCCUCACCAUAAAGUCAACAUCUCGAGGGAGUCCAAAAGUUCUUUCUUUCUCUCUCUACCUCGCCCUCUUUUCUCUUUCUCAAUGGUAAUCACCAUCACCACCACCUUGAGAAUCACCAUCACCAUCACCAUCUCUGGUUGUCCAAGCUCUGAAAGGAUUCACAGCUCCUUAUAAUCCAAUCCUAGUACAUCAGCAACAACCUCAGCAACACAGCAACAAACAAAAGGCAUGCAUCCAUUCCUGUUUUUGGCACCAUCAUUAAUUGCUAUCUUUGCCCUCUUGGAUGUGCAUAUAUAUAAUCUUUAAGCCACUUUCCCUUAAUACCUUGCCUUUUAAGCACUCCUUCCUUCCUUGUUAUUGCAACUCUCUUCUUUCUUCACCUGUUCCUCUUCCAUCUUCCUUUUCAUCUUCUUCUUCUCUCUCUCCAUUUCCAAGGAGCAUGCCUGAAUGUCCACAACAAGGGAGAAGUGUGAUGAGUUAGGGAAGAAGAUCAAGAGAGAAACAGAUGUUACCGAUCGAAUGGGAAGACGACAUCUGUUAGGUCCUGCUGCAGGGGCCUUGAACACAAUAACACCAUGCGCUGCUUGCAAGCUCUUGAGACGACGAUGCGCACAAGAGUGCCCUUUCUCUCCCUACUUCUCCCCUCAUGAACCUCAAAAGUUUGCAUCUGUUCACAAGGUCUUCGGCGCAAGCAACGUCUCCAAGAUGCUAAUGGAGGUGCCUGAACCCCAGAGAGCUGAUGCUGCAAAUAGUCUUGUUUAUGAAGCUAAUGUGAGGCUAAGGGAUCCUGUUUAUGGAUGCAUGGGUGCUAUCUUGGCUUUGCAACAACAAGUUCAAGCUUUGGAAGCAGAACUCAACGCAGUUAGAACUGAGAUACUGAAACAUAAGUACAGGCAAACAACAAGCAUCAAUAUCAAUCCUUCAUCUCAUGUUGCUUUGCUUGCAUCCACUGCAGAUGUGUCAGUAGCUGCACCGCCUCCUCUCCGAUCAACUCCGAUGAUCACUCAGCAUAGUACUGCUGGCGUCCCUUCUGUUUCUCCUAUUAUGUACACCCCUCCCUCUAGCUCCACUGAAUACAGCUCCAUCACAAAUGAGAAUAUUCCAUUCUUUGGGUGAAGAAGUUCUUGCAAGCUAUCAUAUAUGAACCAUGUGCUUCAAACAAAAGAGGUGGAAGUCUACACUGGUUUGUUUGUUACUUGUGUACCAAUUUUUGUUUUGAAAUUCAAGCCUAAGUAUCAUGCAUGGUCAUGAUAAUUUUAUUUUAUACUACACAUAAAAACUUGUAGAAUGAUAGCUACCUUUUGAUUAUCUUCCACUUCUCACCUGUGUUUCUCUUCCUAUAUUUCCAUGUUUUAUUUCA